AUGGCAAAUCCUAGGGUUUUCUUCGAUAUGACCGUCGGCGGUUCACCGGCCGGCAGGAUUGUGAUGGAGCUGUUCGCUGACACAACUCCAAAAACCGCCGAGAACUUCCGUGCACUCUGCACCGGUGAGAAAGGAACCGGUACUUCCGGCAAAAACUUGCACUACAAAGGAUCCUCAUUCCACCGUGUGAUUCCCAAUUUCAUGUGCCAGGGCGGUGAUUUCACCAGAGGUAACGGCACCGGCGGUGAGUCCAUCUAUGGUAACAAAUUCGCCGACGAGAAUUUCAAAAAGAAGCACACCGGUCCGGGAAUCCUCUCCAUGGCCAAUGCCGGUCCAAACACCAACGGAUCUCAGUUCUUCAUCUGUACGGAGAAAACCGAGUGGCUCGAUGGGAAACACGUCGUGUUCGGAGAGGUUGUUGAAGGAAUGGACGUCGUAAGGGCGAUCGAGAAGGUUGGAUCUGGAAGCGGAACCACCUCUAAGCCCGUCGUUAUUGCCGAUUGUGGUCAACUUUCUUAG